AUGAGUAAACAACAAUUUGAAGAGAGUACAGACAAUUAUGAAGAAUUAGAAGAAGAGAGCCGUAGUAUUAUUAUGGGCCUUAUUUCUCAGUUAAGAAAAGGAAGUGAUCUCUCUCGAAUAACCUUGCCUACUUUUGUAUUGGAACCAAGAAGUCUGCUUGAGAAACUGACUGAUUUCAUGAGUCACCCUGAAUUUGUGGUCAAAGCUUCAAGGACCGCUGAUCCGGUCCAACGGUUUGUAGAAAUAUGCCGUUUUUUCCUUUCUGGAUGGCAUGUGAAACCAAAGGGUGUAAAGAAGCCUUAUAAUCCUGUUCUAGGCGAGUUUUUCCGUUGUGAAUACAAACUGAAAGAUGGAUCCAAGGCCAUGUAUCUGGCAGAACAAGUAUCGCAUCAUCCUCCUAUCUCUGCUUAUUAUUACACUCUCCCUGAACUAGGCAUCUUUGUUACUGGUGAAGCACAUCCCAAAGCUAAAUUCUUGGGUAAUAGUGCAGCUACCAUCAUGAAGGGCUAUUCUCGUAUUGUGUUUAGUGAACUCAAGAAUGAAACGUAUGAAAUCACAAAUCCCAAUGUGUAUGCCCGUGUUGGAAAAAUGGUAAUGGAAAUGGGAGAUCAAUCUACCAUUCGUUGUGCUUCUACUGGCCUUGUGUGUGAAUUGGAUUUCAAGACCAAGGGGUUCUUUUCAGGUCAAUACCAUUCAGUCACUGGUAAGAUCAAGCGUGAAUCUACAGGCGAAGUAUUGUAUGAUAUUUCAGGUGUAUGGACAGAAGAGUUGUUUAUUAAGGGAAAAAAUGCGUGCAAAGAAUCCUUUUUUAAAGUGAGUAACCAUGCUGUUAUUCAUAAACUAGUUGAACCUCUUGAAAAUCAGGAACCCAAUGAAUCAAAAAAACUAUGGUCCAAAGUUACUGCUGGAUUGGUAGCGAAAGACAUGGACACUGCAACCAAUGAAAAGACAUUUAUUGAAGACAAACAACGCGCUGAAACUGCUGCCCGUGUAAGAGAAGGUGUUCAAUGGCAUCCUCGUUUCUUUUGUUUGAAUGAUAAAGAAGAAUAUGAGUUUCAUGGUGCUAAAGGUAUCGACUACAAGAAUUUGCAUCAAACAAGUGAACAUCUUGAGAAAUACAUAUUUUCACACACUACAGGAUUGCAUUCAACCACAGAGAGAUUUAUGGCAGAUCAACCUGUUGUUGCUGAACGUAAAUCCAUCACUGCUUGUAUUUAA